GGAGUCAUGGUUAAGAGUGAGUUGGUUGAAAUAAAAACCAAAGGGAAGAAGGCAAGGAUUAAGGCUGAGGUUGAUGCUAAUGUUCCUGUUGAUGCUGAAAAUGAUGUCCAGAUCUUGGAUGGGGGUUGCAGUACUUCAAACUUGACUACCCAGUGUAGACCAACUGCUUUGUUAGCUGUCAUAGAAACAUUCAAUUCAAAUCAAAUUAAGUCUGUUUCAGAAAUUGGAUUCGGUUGGUUGUUAACUUUACCUACGCAAACUUCAAAGUUAGAUACAACAUUAUUUCCCUGGUUGAUUGAUCAUUUUGAUCCUGUUAGUUGGUUGUUUAAAAUUGAAGCUGGAAAGGAAUUCAUAUUUAGUCCAUGUGAUGUGCAUGAUGUGUUUCUUCUCCCAUUACAUUCUGACAAUCCUAUUGUAGAUAGCAGCACUAGGACUAAGGAUGUAGGUUUGAAAAAUCAGUGGAGAGACUACUUUAAAGUUAAAAAAAAUGCAACCAUUCCAUUGCGUCUGUUGGAGAUUAAGAUGGGUGAAUUAGUGGAAGGUGGAGAAAUGUUCAAGCGAAUAUUUGUGAUGUUUGCAUUCUCUGUUUUCUUAGCUCCUAUAGCUAAUAGGACUGCUGAUUUGGGUUUAGUUAAAGUUCUUGAGGAUGUAGAUGAAAUAAAGAAUCUUGAUUGGUGUGGAUAUGUCCACGAGAGACUUUGUCGGGCUAUUAGGAAGCAUAAAACUUCAGGCUGCCAGGGUAACGUUGGUGGUUGUUUAUGGGUUUUACAAGUUGUCUAUUUUCAUCGCCUUCAAUUUAGAGGCAUUGCAGAGAGUUGUAGUCUUCCGUUGAUGAAGCAUUGGUCUGGUACUAAAAUUCAUGAAAGGCUUGUUUUGGAAAAGGAUUCAGCUUGCUUUGGCAGUGGUUUAUUAAAUACAGUGACCUACCCUGUUUGUCAAAAGUUGGGUUUUGAAGAAGGUUUUGCCAAGAUUUGUGGUAGGCAUGAUGCUGUGAACGAUGAUGAGAACCAUAUACGGUUCGUCAUUCCUGAUGGGCAAUUGUCAAAUUCAGCAAUUCAAUCAAUUUCAACUGAUGAAAUUUUGGAACUUCUUUGGCAAGAUUCAACUAACGAGGCUGCUAUGGAUCAGCUUCUAAUUUGUUGGAAAGAGUGGAUUGAUAUUUACAACAAUGGCUUUGACAUCACCUGUGUUGAUCUGGUUUUUGUUCCUUUUUUUCGAGAACGCCACUUUUUCCUAUUUGUGUUGAAUUUGAAAACCAAAACGAUGCAACACGUGGACAAUCUUGUGUAUGAUGAAGCUCAAAUCAUUGAUUUGGAAAGUUUUUCAACAACUCUGUGUGAUCUCCUGGGUACUUUCCUUGAUGAUAGAGGCAAUAAUCAUGAAGGUGAUAUUGGAACGUACCCCAUGGAGGAGAUUGAGUUUCAUUGGAAGACUGCAAAAGGUUCUGACCUUGAUUGUGGAAUUUAUACAAUGAUUAGUAUGUUGACAUUUGAAGGAAUCAAAUGUAGCUGUCCUGAUUUGAAAGAGCCCCGUAAAAGGAUUGUUCUGCGUGCCGAAAUAUGUGCCACACUUGUGUUAUCUGACAUGAAUGACAAACGGGCAGAAGUUCUCAAUAAACUUGCUGAUUUCAAUUCCAAACGAGUAGAUGUCUAUCCACAUGUGGUAACCAGGAGGAAGCAAAAAUUGGCAAAUGAUAGGAAGUUGAAGAAAGAAGCUGCCAAAAAGGAGAAGGAAGUUGAAAAGAAAGCAGAGGAGAAUGCCAAUGAGAACAAGAAACCAGAGGGUAAAAUUGCACAGGAGAAUGCCAAUGAGAACGAGAAACCAGAGGGUAAUAUGGCAGAGAUGAAUAACAAUGUGGCAGAUGUGAAUGAUAAUGCGGCAGAGGGCAACGAACAACCGUUGAAGACUUUUACUUCAAGAAAACGUCUUAAAAGGAAUGUAGCAGAUGCAUCUGUCCCCGAAAAUGUAGGACCACCAGAGAAGAAGCAAGCUCCUACCAAACGGACGGCAAAGAAACCUGCAGCAUGAAAUUUUAAUAUUAGUUUUAAAGUUCAUCAAAACUCUAAGUACAAUAAUCUUAACUUUUACAUUUUCACAAAAAUAUUUCUCUAGAGUAUAAUGCCAUUUUUGUGUAUAUAUGGCAUAUAAUUUUGGUUUUUGGUGAUGUUCAGUAGAACAUGGAAACAUGUAUUUUUAAAGUUGUUGAUUCUAUGGUUAAAGUUAAGAUUAUUAUUUUUAAA